CGCUUCUUACAUCAAAUAGCAACGUCGGAAUUCGUCGACACUUUUCAUGAAAGAAAUUUCUCUUUGAUCUUCAUAUUAUGUUUAUUCACAAGAUAUUUUCGCGGGCUUGUACACACGUUAUAUUUCAACACAUUUCCCAAAGAAAGAAGUAACAAAAUUGCUCUGAAUCUGGAAAUGCUACAUCAUGUCUGCCAUUAUUGAUUCCAACAGUGGUCGGAAUUUUUUCUUCAGUGAUAAUUCAACGGGUGGUAAAUAUUGCGCAGGUCGGUUCGGUUCGAGUGGUAUACGUAACAGACGAGACUUGUUUAACGUGAAUUGCAAUAUUGUGCGAAAUAAGGACGGUCAUUACAUAAACUCGACGAAAGGUUUGUAUGGCCGUCUGAAGAGAGAAAAUCGCUUGUUAGCUGCAGCCGAGCAAACCUCCUUUCCUUCUUGGCUAUCGAUGGGUGGAAAAGAUGUUUCGACGUUAAAGCGAGUCCAUACUUUAAUUCAAGGAGCAAGAAAUGACAAAACUGAACCCAGGGUGAACUACAGCAACACUCAAAAAUCGGGGAAGAAUCGCAUCGGCUUUCAUAAUUCAGGUGAAAAUUCAAGCAUACCAAUACCUAACUCUGCUCGCCGUGAAAAUCAAAACAGAACAAAUUCAGUAUUAUCAACAGAAAACUACCGACAUGCACUGAAGAGACUGGGUCCAAAGUAUGUUCGAAGUAGCAGUGACAGCGAGGUCAUGCUGCUUUUUGCUAACAGACACAGUUCCAUUGAAAGAAAUGACAUUAAUAGCGACUGCGAAGCGAAUUUUAAAAGCAAAUCACACAAAGCGCAGCAUAGUUGCAAUAAUUGCUCCAGUUCUAAAACAAAAAGCAGAAAUAAUUCUACAUCGCGAUGUAAAGUUAAAAGUCCCAGUCAUUAUAAAGGGAAAAAACAAGGAACCUAUAUGGCAUGUUAUGACCCUCAUAUUACUGCUUUAAAACCCAAGGCACAAAGUAGAUCCAGGUCUCUAUACUUGUUAAAUGAUGAACUGUCGAAAAAUAAACUGCGAGCUCGUUUACACAACUCCAUAAAUAGUAAAGAGAAAGAGGACUCGAUAACCCAGUUCGAAGUAUUUUUAUCUAAACAUGAUCAACAUUUGGAAUCAGAGUCAAACCUAUCGAACUUACGAGAAGGUAAAAACUAUUUACCAACCAUAAAAAAUGGUCGCAAGAUAAGUAUUGCCAAAGCUUAUUCUUUUAAUGGUCGACAAAAAACAAACGAUACUGCCGACAAAACGGAAUAUUUAGCCGUGCCAAACCAGACAAGCCGUUCAAGCGAAAAUUUAUCAGGAAAUGUGACUGGUUCAUCGGAUUCGGAAAGCAGUGUGGUCUCGGUAAAAACUUCAAUACAUAAACAAAGAGCGAAGCAAAAUUAUAGGAAAGGAAUUACGGGUGACCAAAAGGAAUACAGUCGGAUUAGAGCCCAUUCUUCUUUUGAAGGAGCCUCGGAAAAACAUCUCCUAAGCUUAGAAAGAAAAUACGCUCGAGCGCGGAAAUUUACAUCCAGAAGCAAAUGUUCGAUAUCGUCAGAUUCAUCUGAAGACCUCUUAGAAACCACUGAAAUCCACGAAGCAGUGAAAAAAGGUGAUGGUGCGAAACUUAAAGAGUUGAUCGCCAGUGGCGGGAAUGUGAACGCUUGUGAUGAGUUUGGUCUUCCACCAUUUCAUUACGCAACAAUAAAUGCGCAGGAUGAUCUCAUAGCGAUACUGUUGAUUGGUGGAGCUGACAUAAAAGAAUAUUUUCGAAAACGGCGUGUAAAAUAUUUUCGGUAAAGUUUACAA